AUGAGCGCUCCUGCAGCAGGUGCUAACGCCGGAGGCGAUGACGCCGCCGAUAGAAAUGUCGAGAUGUGGAAGAUCAAGCGGCUCAUCAAGAGUUUGGAGCUUGCCAGAGGAAAUGGAACAUCUAUGAUUUCUCUCAUCAUUCCACCAAAAGAUCAAGUAGCUCGAAUCAACAGAAUGUUGGCUGAAGAGUAUGGAACCGCCUCGAACAUCAAAUCGCGAGUGAACAGACUGUCCGUUUUGGGAGCUAUCACAUCUGUACAACAAAGACUGAAGCUCUACAACAAAGUUCCACCAAACGGGCUUGUAGUUUACUGCGGAACAAUCAUGACUGACGAAGGUAAAGAAAAGAAGGUCAACAUCGAUUUCGAGCCUUUCAAGGCAAUCAACACUUCCCUCUACCUCUGCGAUAAUAAGUUCCAUACAGAAGCUCUUCAAGGUUUGCUUGCUGACGACAACAAAUUCGGAUUUAUCAUCAUGGACGGAAACGGAUGCUUGUUCGGAACACUUCAAGGAAAUACUCGGGAAGUUCUUCACAAAUUUACCGUCGACUUGCCAAAGAAGCACGGAAGAGGAGGACAAUCUGCUGUUCGGUUUGCUCGUCUUCGUAAUGAAAAGCGUCACAAUUACGUCCGUAAAGUAGCUGAAAAUGCCGUCGAGAUGUUCAUCAAAAACGACAAAGUCACAGUUGCUGGACUCAUCCUUGCGGGUAGUGCUGAUUUCAAGACUGAACUCGGCCAGUCUGAUAUGUUCGACCAGAGACUUCAAGCUAAAAUGAUCAAAACUGUCGAUAUUGCAUAUGGAGGUGAAAAUGGUUUCAACCAGGCUAUUGAGCUGGCUGCCGACACUCUCGCUAGUGUGAAGUUCAUUCAAGAGAAGAAACUCAUCGGAGGAUAUUUCGACGAGAUCAGUCAAGAUACCGGAAAGUACGUUUUCGGAGUGAAAGAUACUCUUGCUGCUCUUGAGAUGGGAGCUGUCGAAAUUCUCAUCUGCUGGGAAAAUUUGGACAUUAUUCGAUACAAGAUGAAGAACUCGAACAAUGAGGAUAUUCUUUUGAAUUUGAGACCCGAUGAAGAAAAGGACAAAACCAAUUUCACAGAUAAGGAAUCCGGACAGGAUAUGGAAAUCAUCGAGACAAUGCCUCUGCUGGAGUGGUUCGCAAAUAACUAUAAGACUUUCGGAGCUGCUCUCGAAAUCGUCACAGACAAGUCUCAAGAAGGAGCUCAGUUCGUUCGAGGAUUCGGAGGAAUUGGAGGACUUCUUCGUUACCGAGUGGAUUUGGCACAUGUCGAUAUAGAAGACGAGCUUGACAACAUUGACCUUGAUGACUAUUGA